AGGGUCUGAGGAGAAAGGGGAGGCAUAAGGGGCGGGGAUGAGGCCCCACUCCCCCAGGUUGCCUAGACAACAGGAGAAAUCGUGGCCAGGGCCUCUUCCGCCUGUGGGGCGCUGCUUCCUGCAUCAGUCACUCCCGCUGGGGGCGGGGCAGAGGAAGGGGUUGGAUGUGGCAGAGCCAGGCCCCAGCCAGUGCGCUCAGACACCCCCGCUGACACUCAGCUGUGGCCUCAGCCAUGGCAUCCUAUCCAUCUGGCUCCGGCAAGUCCAAGGCCAAAUAUCCCUUUAAGAAGCGGGCCAGCCUGCAGGCCUCCACUGCAGUUCCAGGUGAGUGUGCUUGCGGGCCUCAGGCACAGACUCCCACCACCCCUCCCCUGGACACUGGUCCCCCAGAGGUGGGGGCACCCCUUCUCUGGCAUCCUAUCUCUGUGGUGGUGCUCCUCGACCUCAGUCACAGGGGAGGCUGGCUUGGAGGUGGAUUUGGGGGAAGGGGGGGUGGUGUGACUAUGGCAGGGAUGCUGUCCUCUGUAAUAAGGAGUGGGUGUGAGUGCAGCAAGAGGUGUGUAUGCACGCGUGUCAGUGUGUGCAUGUGCUAAGACUGCGUAUAAAGUGUGUGUGAAUGGAGUGGGGGGUGUGUGUGGGACUGACUGCUUCCUGGGCUGGCCACUCAGACUGGCGCCUGUGCCUUUAGCAUGCAGGCUCAGGCUGUUCUCUUGCAGCUAGUUCCUCUUUCCAGGACCCCAGAUCUACAUGCCUCUCACUGAUGGUCUGAAAUCUGGGCAUACCCAUUGCUGGCCAGCAUCCCAGAGCUAGGGGCUCAACUGUCUUGUUUGCUGCUGGUUUGGUCCCGGUCUGUGUUGUGAGCCUCCUUGGGAGUAUGUGGUGUCCUUGGGUCAAGACCAUGCAGGGAAUCAGGCUGGGCUAAUGCGUGCUCCUGCACCCUUUGGUUCCGCUCCCACUCUGGUGCCUACCAGAGCAGGCAGGCAGUUACUGCAGUGCCUCGGAGAGGGCUCGGCUACCUCAGCUGCCUGGGGCUGGGCUUGCAGAGGGAUAUCUGCCUGCCGUCUGCUCUCCCCAGGCCUUGUGGCUAAGGAAAGGCACACCUCCACUUUGGUGACCAGGUCAUAUUAACAUAGUCCCCCACCUCUCCCACAGCUGUUGGUACCUACAGUCUGAUCAUCCACCUCCUUUAUUUUCUUAUGACAUCGAAUAUGCCUGGUACAAGGUCUGUACUGUCCUGAGGGUGUUCUCUGUGUCCAGAAAGUGUGUCCCUUGGGGUUAGAUCUGUACCAGUGGCCUUGUUACUGAACCGUAGACCUUUGGGUGGUCGGAUGUAAGAGUAUGUGAGUGAUACCUGUGGGUCACAGCCUUGGACACUCCCUGCCAGUGGAGACAGUCCUGGCUGUUGGCCAAGAGGGGAGUUGGGGUGGUCAGAAUCUUGGAGUCAGUGGUGUUGGCUUUUGGCUGACUUUCCCUAUGUGGGUUUAUACAUGUGUUGGUGCUAUAGCUGGGAACCUUCAGCCCCAGGAGAAGGGAUCAGCAGGCUGAGUGUUCUAGACUUGGCCUCAGAGAGUGUGGAGAUUACUGCCUAUGUGUCACCUCCAGUGAACCCUCUGCAGUCUUGUGCAGUGGCCUGGCAGGCCAGGGGAUGGCUCUGGGUGCCGGAAUCUGCCCUACUCACACAGCAUUGCUGUGGAUAGAGGCCCCAGGCCACCCUGUUGGGGGGUGGGGGGGGAUGGCGAUUGCAGUUUGGGUCUUUGGCUCAGCUCCUGCUGACCCUACACAAAACAGCCAUGGAGGCCUGUGGUCUGGGGCCAUAUGUGGAGAGGAGGUGUAUAGGAUCAGGGUGCUUAACCAAGGAAAGACCUUACUUCUGGGAGAAAGGCAGGCAUUUCUCUUUUCUUCCUCUCCCUACUCUGUUUCCAAGGAGGAGAUAGCAUCAUUCUUAUCUCCAUCCCAGUGAAGUGGUUAUCAUUGCCUCUCACUGCUCAGGUGCCUUGGGCUAAGAACCUCCCACCCUCCUCUAGGAGUGGGGCUACAUGUAGGAAGGGCUUUGUAGGUCCUAAGAGUCCAUAAUUGUAGACCCUCGGCACAGCACCUGGUGUUUCACAGAUCACUUGCACGGCAGUUAUCUCUGUGAGCCUUGUGGCAACUGUGACGAAGCAGGGCAGAAACCCGUUGUAGACAGGACUCAGCCUCCCAGAGGCUUGGAACAGGAGUUGGAGUUCAAAGGCGCUAUGAACCAGCCCCCUGAACAGCUGGGUGGCUAAGAAGCUUCAGUCACUGGCCCCUACUCAAAGUGGGCUCCUUCCCCAGUUAAUAGUCAGCUCCUGACCCAAGCAAGGCCUUGUCUCUUUUGAGGGACCCACAAGCAGCACUCAGAGGACAGUGGUGAGCAACGAGGCCUCUGGGCAGAGGGAGCUGGCCUGGGCUGUUGGGCUUGGAGAUGAGGGGUGCUGUGCUCCGUUCCUUUUCUCCCCUCUUACCCUUUGGCUGGCCAAGCCCUCCCCACUUGCCCUGCCUGCUUGGUGUUCCCUAGGGAUUUUAAGGAGGCUUGGCCCCUCCCUGCCUGACUGCCCACCUUGGCUGCCCUGCCCCAAUCAGCCUACCCUAUUUCUCCCCCUUGGGAUCUCUGUGUUUGGCUGGGAUCUCUCUGGCACUGUAGAGGUUAAGGCCCUGUCAGUUCUAGAGUUCAUCUUACCUCCCAGCUCUGAUGCUCCUUGCCUUGAUUUCUGGCCUCCCUUGAACUCCUCCAGCCCCUUGCUUAUGGUCAUCCCAGGGUCUCCCCUGCUCACAGCUGCACUUGGUACAGCCCGUGCCGCCCCCGAGGGACUGGCUGCAGCUUUAGUCGGCAAACAGGCCAUCAAGGGGCACAGGGCUGCUGGCUGAAGCUGCCUGAACUCUAAGGUAGGGUCCAGGCAGGGGACCAGGCUGAGGGGGGUGGGGGGGCUGGGUCCAAGAUCUGGGACAGGCACUUUCUUCCUCCCUUUGUCCAGCCUUGGGACCAGAACUAGAGUACUGGGAAACAAGCACAGAGACUUUAAAAUGGGCUACCCAGGCAGAGCAUUCAACCUUUACCUAAGCCAGGGUGGAGAGGGGAAAGGAGGGUGCCGGAGGGGAGCACUCCACAGCUGGCUGGGAGAGCUGAGCUUCCCGCUGGGGAGGCUGCAGUGCUGAACCCAGAGAGGGUCCUCUGAGGUAGGCUGGGGCUCAGGGAGCCCCUACAGACUAACUGUUUCAAGGUCUUUAGUGCCAGCCUCCUGGUGGUACACAUGGGGAGUUCUGUCCUUGAUGGAGAAGGACCCCUGGCUUAUGAUACUCCCCUCCCAAGGGCCUCUGGCCCAGAUCCUGGGGCCUCUGAGUGGCGCAGACUGUUCAUGGCAGCUCCCUUUGGAGGGGCAGCCAGCAGUGGGAGGGGCGGGCCAGGACCAGGCCACAUCUUGGCAGCCCUGGGGUCCCGGGGGAGAGGCAGGCCUCUAGGGAGAAGGGAGGGAUCCCCUGCCAACCAGGUCCUCCUUGUCCUCCUCUUCCCUUGCGGGCUGGUCCCCAGGUGAGAGCUGAGGGGCAGUUGUGCUUGCUCUGUGCUCUGUAGGCCUGGGAUGCUGGGCUCAGUGCCCUGCCCCUCUGCCUGGAGGAUCUGCCAGUCCAGAACAGGUUUGAUACUGGAUUGCCUGCCCUGGGAGCUGCGGGCUGGGGUCCUUGGUGUGGCCAGCUGGUCUUUAAGGAGCGUCUGGUGUGUGUCUGUGUGUUUCUGUGAGUGCGUACCUGUCUGUACAGGUAUGUAUACUGUGUGCGUGUGGACACCCGCAUGCGGCCUCUGGGAGGAGGUCACUUGAAGAUGGCUUGAGGGACUGGCCCUAGUCCAGGAUUCAGGUUCUUGUUUGUUGAGUGAACUUGGGAUCCCCACCUGCAAGCUGGAAUGGGUGAAGGGUCCCUGUGCUGGAGGUGAGGGUGAAGUUCUUUGGGAGUCUAUCACACAGGCUUACUCCUCUGCCUCUGAGGAGGCACUGCCUACUUUCCAGGCCCCGGGCUCUUUCAGGAGCUAGUCUGGGGCAGGUAGGGGCCCCGGGCUUCCAGGGGCUGUCCCUCCACUCUUUGACCUGGCAUCACUGUCUCUGCAGAGGCUCGGGGUGGUCUGGGGGCCCCUCCGCUGCAGUCUGCCCGAUCCCUGCCGGGCCCCGCCCCCUGCCUCAAGCACUUCCCGCUCGACCUGCGCACGUCUAUGGAUGGCAAAUGCAAGGAGAUCGCCGAGGAGCUGUUCAGCCGCUCGCUGGCUGAGAGUGAGCUCCGUAGUGCCCCGUAUGAGUUCCCUGAGGAGAGCCCCAUUGAGCAGCUGGAGGAGCGGCGGCAGCGGCUGGAGCGGCAGAUCAGCCAGGAUGUCAAGCUGGAGCCGGACAUCCUGCUUAGAGCCAAGCAAGACUUCCUGAAGACGGACAGUGACUCAGACCUCCAGCUCUACAAGGAACAGGGAGAGGGGCAGGGCGACAGGGGACUGCGGGAGCGCGAUGUGGUGCUGGAACGGGAGUUUCAGCGGGUCACCAUCUCUGGGGAGGAGAAGUGUGGGGUGCCGUUCACCGACCUGCUGGAUGCAGCCAAGAGUGUGGUGCGGGCGCUCUUCAUCCGGGAGAAGUACAUGGCCUUAUCGCUGCAGAGCUUCUGUCCCACGACCCGCCGCUACCUGCAGCAGCUGGCCGAGAAGCCUCUGGAGACACGGACCUAUGAGCAAGGCCCCGACACCCCCGUAUCUGCUGAUGCCCCAGUACAUCCCCCUGCGCUGGAGCAGCACCCGUAUGAGCGCUGUGAGCCAAGCACCAUGCCUGGGGACCUGGGCUUGGGGCUGCGCAUGGUGCGGGGCGUGGUGCACGUCUACACCCGCAGGGAGCCUGAUGAGCAUUGCUCAGAGGUGGAGCUGCCGUACCCUGAUCUGCAGGAAUUUGUGGCUGAUGUCAAUGUGCUGAUGGCCCUGAUUAUCAAUGGCCCCAUAAAGUCAUUCUGCUACCGGCGGCUGCAGUACCUGAGCUCCAAGUUCCAGAUGCAUGUGCUGCUCAAUGAGAUGAAGGAGCUGGCUGCCCAGAAGAAAGUGCCACACCGAGACUUCUACAACAUCCGAAAGGUGGACACCCACAUUCAUGCCUCAUCCUGCAUGAACCAGAAGCAUCUGCUGCGCUUCAUCAAGCGGGCAAUGAAGCGGCACCUGGAUGAGAUUGUGCAUGUGGAGCAGGGCCGAGAGCAGACACUGCGGGAGGUCUUCGAGAGCAUGAACCUCACAGCCUACGACCUGAGUGUGGAUACACUUGACGUACAUGCGGACAGGAACACCUUCCAUCGCUUUGACAAGUUCAAUGCCAAAUACAAUCCUAUUGGAGAGUCUGUCCUCAGAGAGAUAUUCAUCAAGACCGACAAUAGGGUCUCUGGGAAGUACUUUGCUCAUAUCAUCAAGGAGGUGAUGUCAGACCUGGAGGAAAGCAAAUACCAGAACGCAGAGCUGCGGCUCUCCAUCUACGGGCGCUCGAGGGAUGAGUGGGACAAGCUGGCACGCUGGGCUGUCAUGCACCGCGUGCACUCUCCCAAUGUGCGCUGGCUUGUGCAGGUGCCCCGCCUCUUUGACGUGUACCGUACAAAGGGCCAGCUGGCCAACUUCCAGGAGAUGCUGGAGAACAUCUUCUUGCCUCUGUUCGAGGCCACUGUGCACCCGGCCAGCCACCCAGAGCUGCACCUCUUCUUGGAGCAUGUGGACGGUUUUGACAGUGUAGAUGAUGAGUCGAAGCCUGAGAACCAUGUCUUCAACCUGGAGAGCCCCCUUCCCGAGGCCUGGGUGGAGGAGGACAACCCACCCUACGCCUACUACCUGUACUACACCUUCGCCAACAUGGCCAUGUUGAACCACCUGCGCAGGCAGAGGGGCUUCCACACGUUUGUACUGAGGCCACACUGCGGGGAGGCUGGGCCCAUCCACCACCUGGUGUCAGCUUUCAUGCUGGCUGAGAACAUCUCCCACGGGCUGCUUCUGCGCAAGGCCCCGGUCUUGCAGUACCUGUAUUACCUGGCCCAGAUCGGCAUUGCCAUGUCCCCUCUCAGCAACAACAGCCUCUUCCUCAGCUACCACCGGAACCCGCUCCCAGAGUACCUGUCCCGUGGCCUCAUGGUCUCGCUUUCCACUGACGAUCCCCUGCAGUUCCACUUCACCAAGGUCAGCGGGGCAGACAGCCAGGAGCCGCUGAUGGAGGAGUACAGCAUCGCCACCCAGGUGUGGAAGCUUAGCUCCUGCGACAUGUGUGAGCUGGCCCGCAACAGUGUGCUCAUGAGUGGCUUCUCCCACAAGGUAAAGAGCCACUGGUUGGGACCCAACUAUACCAAGGAGGGCCCUGAGGGAAAUGACAUCCGCCGCACCAACGUGCCAGACAUUCGCGUGGGCUAUCGCCACGAAACCCUGUGCCAGGAGCUGGCGCUCAUCACGCAGGCCAUCCAGAGCGAGACGCUGGAGACCAUCCCCGAGGAGGCGGGUGUGGCCACAAGCCCAGGGCCUCAGUGAGCCUGGCCCUCACAGUGCCCGCAUCUCAGCACCUUGGCCACGUUGUGUUCUCAGCCCCCUGCCACCCUGCCCUAGUCUCUGCAUGUCUCUUGUUCUUUGUCUCUGUCUUCUUGCAUGUCUCUGACCAUGUCCUUGUCCCUGGGCCACCCCAAUGAAAGCAAUGCCCAGGAAUCUACUACACUGAGGGCCAAAGUUUUGAGGGCUAGCUCCGCUGGCGACCCUAUCCUCGGAGCCUCAGAAGCCCAGCUGUCCUGUGGGCUUCUCCAUUGUCCAGAGCCUGGGGACGGUUGUGGGGGGCUGAUCAUCUAGUCUUUGGGCUCCUGCCUGGGCAAAUCUGAGCUUUGGGGCUUAAAGAUUAGGUCCCUGUCUUCUUUAUGUGGCUGAGGAGCAGUCAGGUGGGGCCUGUACAGCUCUGCCCUGGGCAUGGGGCUAUUGAAGGCCUGUGGAGCUCCAGCAGCUCUGCUCUGGGUUGGGUUGGCCCUGGGCUGCCUGGCCUGAGGGGGUGGACCACCAUCUCCACCAUGUCACUGCCCAACAGCAACCUUCUCCGUCCUUUCCCCCGCCCACAUGCUCCUCUGGUGUCAGCUUCCUGUGCCUCUAUGGAAGAGGACAGAUGCCAUAUGCUGUGUAGCAUCCCCACCAUGGCCCCCAGAUCUGGAUCUUGGCUGGGCCCCUGUGUUCCGGACUGAUACCUUUGCUAUAAAAUGCAGUGUUUCAUACAGUCCGUCUUUCCUAGUGCAUGAGAAAUAAAGAUUAUUUAAGUAAUGAG